AUGAAAGAUGAGGAUGGGUAUAUUUUUGGAGGGUAUGCAGACCAAGACUGGGAACAAAGACCCAAGUUCUAUGGCAACGACAGAAACUUUUUGUUCACUAUUCGACCCAAAUUCAGAAUCUACAGGCCUAGUAGUGUAAACAACCACUUCCAAUAUAUGGAUUACGGUACCAAGACACUUCCUAAUGGUAUGGGGUUUGGAGGGCAGCUACGGUAUUUUGGACUAUGGCUGGCAAGCGACUUUCAAAGUGGUCAGUCUGCAGCAGAACCAUUGUGUUCAACUUAUCAGUCCCCUAGACUGUCUAAAUAUCAGGACUUCAAAUUGGAUGAAAUGGAAGUUUGGCAAGUCCAUCCAUCAUUGGUUGAGCGAGAGGAAGGGCCAAAACGUUCAGCAAUGGAUGCUCAUGCUGAUGCUGUGGCUUUGCUCGAAAUGGCUAAUCAUAAAAUGUACUCCAAGAAUGUCCGUGCUCCUGAUGUCUACGAUAGUGAUUAG